GCACAACCACAGACGCGAAAUCAUGACGGAUACCAGCCAGACAUCUUCUGCGCUUGUGCGCAAAAGAGAUGCCGAGAUGGCUCUCAUGCCCCCGCCACCGCCCACGAAGAAGAUAAAGCGACCCAAGAAAGUCAUCGACGAAGAGACAUACACCGAUGCGCUCUCCAAGAUCAUAGCGCGUGAUUUUUUCCCGGGCCUGCUGGAAAGCGAGACACAGCAAGAGUACCUCGACGCUCUUGAAUCCAAGGACAAGUUGUGGAUCAAUAGCGCCGGUCGGCGGCUCAAGCAGGUUAUGACUCCCGGCCGACAGCGUAGGCUCAAACGGCCGAUACAGACACCGACGCAGUCUGUUGGACAGACGCCGGUGGGCUAUACAGGCGAUACACCCAUGACCAGCAUAUCCACUGCACCUUCUACAACCGUAAAGCGGCCGGAGGUUGAUACCAACAUGAGCCUUGGGGCGUUUCAGGCAAAGUACACAAGCGAAGACAACGAGAGUUUUUACAAGCUUCUGGACAAGCAGAACCAGAAGAGGGCGGGGAAGUACGGAUGGCUAUGGAGAGGCAACAAGCUUCCCUCCAAGCAAGAGUUGAAACAGAUGGAGGUCAAGGCGAAACUUGCUGCGAGCGGUGUGAGCCUGGUGGAUGACGGAUUUGAGAGGACCAGACUUGCAAUCGAGGACAAGGACGACAGACCCGCCAUGCCAGAUACGUGGAAGGCGGCUCCAAUGAAUGCGCUCAUGUUCGCCCCUGAUGGUGUCGAUGAUGUUGUGGCAGAGACUGUAGCCUCGCGGGCUCAGGCAGCCUCGCGAGCACCACCAAAAAUGAUUGUGUAUGAGAACACGAGGGUGCCUGGUCCAGCUACCGCGCAUGAACCUUCACGGCCGCCGUCUCCGACUUUGUCGGCUGUCAGAGAUGCGAUUGCGGGACGACCUAGGCCAGGAGAUCGAGAUUCGACUUUUGCUGGUGGGAACGAGACGCCGCGAGUGAACGGGUAUGCCUUCGUGGAUGACGAAGAGGAAGAGCCAGUAGCGAGCGUGCCAGCCAUCGAUCUCGGUCCUGGAGAUGCCACACCAAACCCAUUCAAAAUCCAAGAUCAGAGAAAACGAGAGGGUCUCCACCACCGCAUGGUCGAUCGCAUAGCACAGUCGAAACGAACGUCAGCGAAGAUGGGUCUGGUGGGCAAGGUUGAGCAGACACCAGUCCCAAAGUUUCCAAAUAGCCCACGAGUUUCUGGAGAACUGACUCCUGCUGCUCAGCGGCUUUGGAGCAAGAUCGGCGGUUCUAAGAAAGCCUCGGACAAGACACCGUUUUCAGACACCGUGACGCCGAAGAACAGAGGGUCGGGACUAAAGAACAUGACGAAGUGACAAAGACAUCAACAUCGACAUUGCAGUUUCUACAAGCGAUACAUACGAUACCCAUAGAGUGAUCAACAAUGUCUAUCAAGGAAGACAUCACUACUGGAAAACGAUACAACGCAGCAUCUUCGUUUGUGAACUAGAUGCUCAAGUCAACUGCACAUAAAAGGCUGACGGACUGCUAGAUUGAAUGUCUUUCCACGGCCAUCCAGCAAUUCACAUACUGACCGCCCCCCAGCAUAGGUAAUUCCCGCAACCACCGCAUAUGGCAUCGGUGAUCUCCCCUGUCCCUUGAGCUGGUCAAGUCUGUGCAUGAGCGAUGUAUGUACCGUGGGCUGCGAGCCCCUUGAUCCGAGUUUCGACGUCGGUUCAGUCAGUCAUCACACCUUAUUCGCCAAUUCGUUAAUUCCACGAAGAGGAAAGGACGACAGUUCAUAUGCACUACAUUUUACAUUUUACCCACAGAGAAUAUGGGUAAACUGAAAGACUAAACAUCUGAGCUGACAUUACCCUGCUGGCUGAUUCAGCGGGGAAGAAGAAAGAAAGCACACAUACACAAUUCGAGAUGGCAGAUGGCAUGGGUGCCGGCAUAUUAGACAAAGGCAGUAGACGGAAAAUUAUCGCAACAUACUACAGCUUCUUGGGAAGACUUUGAGCUGGGAUGGGGACAAAAAGAUUACAAUAAAAAUAAUAAUUCCG